GAAGACAAGACGCACCGGCGUGUGUCAUCCACGGGUCUAGAUCCGGGUCUCUUCGGUCACCGACACCUGCUCAAUUUAGUGCAAGAUUGACGUCGAGCAGGUCAGCGUGUAGUGAGUAGAAAGAGUCAUGGCUGUUGCCGAACGUGAGCAUUUGGCCUGGGUUUCUGUCUUCAUGGAAGUCGACGACAUGACUCGUUACGAGCAAUUUCGUUCUGCUCUACGUUGUGCUCGUCUGCUUCACGUUCGUAAUUCACAUGUUCAGCAAUUGGACUUCCUUCUUUCUCAACGUUCGCAUCUAAUUCAAGGCGCAAAAUGGGAAAAACUGAAUGACAUUUCAGUCGGCGCAUCUCGUGAUCACUUGUGGCCUCUCAGUAUCUGGCUACCUCUUCCGGUUGGAGGAUUUUAUUUCCAAGCCGCCUUUCCUGGUCAAGGAACGGUCAGGCUGGACGGUGGACAGUCUGUGUUAGAAUACGAGCUACUGCUUUAUCGCCCAGACGGCGUCGGGAACAACGAGGACGACACUGUGCGUGCGAACCAAGUCAUUUCUCAAUGGGCCAUCUUCAAAUACAGUCGCAUCGUUCGUAUUUGUGUCCCGCUAGACUCUAUUGUGGCGCUUUCGUUUCACAGGCUCGGUCAGCAGUCGCUGGCAAUGUUGUGCGUCGAGGUCAAUCAGACACCGCGGUUUGAGUGGCAGCUCGUGCUGGAAGCUCUCGGCAUUGGCCAGUCGAGGGACAGAGACGACUUCACUCCGCACGAGGCGGCGUCUCGAUGUGGCAGACACUACAUUUUUGCCAAUGUGGAUUCUCUGGCUGAAUUUGUUGUGUGGUUGCUGAGCUGUAAUGAAGGCCUGAGGGAGAGGCAGUUUCUUAUUAGGGACAUGACGAGAAACAUUUCUAAAGAGAUAGGACGACAUCUGAAAGAGGAUGGAGUAGGUCAAUCCGGGCAGAAAUCUGACAGGAAGAGUUCUGUUGGAUCGAAGUCGGGUGGCCUUAUCAAAAUGCUUGCCAGACAACAGUCGACGUCUGCAUUGCAGUUAUGGCAGAAAAUAUCGAAGCCCGUGGUGUCUGGUAAAUUUCGAAUGUCUCACAGAUGGAGCAAGCAAAACAUCGUAUCUCCUGGUCAAACACCACGUCAAGCAAUCAUUGCUGUGCUGGUCAAACACGGUCUCGUCAGCCCUGCAUUACAUGGUGCUCCUCCGAAGGAUGCAUCGGAUGCCGAACAGCUUCCUUUCACUCACAACAAUUUUCUCGGCAAUGACGAUCUGGUGAAGAAUUUCAAUCCAUGUUUUGUGGAUUAUCUGAACUUCCUGUGUGAAGAUGCAUCAGAGUUGGACACGAUUCUUGCCACAGUCUAUGAUUCAAGGAAUAACGAGGGUUUGGAGAAUUCCAUAGUCACUGCCACUCAAGUGUUGCUCGCAGAGACACACAGACUGAAGUCGUUGGAUUAUUACUUCUCGCUCUGCGUUCGAGUGGCUUUACCCUGUAGUGAAUACAAACACUGUCUUCGAUGCCACAAAUGUGUGUCGUGGAGGUAUUGGCACUGUUACGCCUGUGAGAUGUGCUCACGAGGCCAAACGUCAAUGCAAUGCCAAAACUGCUUGUCAGGACGAAGAUUUGCAGCCGAAGGAAGCGAUGCGGAGUUAUUAGCUCGAUAUGAGACCGACAAACCAAACUGGCACGAGUUUUCAUGACCGACAGAUACAGUUAUAGUUGUCCGAACAGGUACUGGUACUUAAUUAAGAGGAUUAUAUUUAUAUCAUAUAGGCUGCAAUAAUUCUUGAAACACUAAUGUAUGAUUGUAGUGUGUUUGUGUGGUAGGUACAGCAAAUGAUUCUUAACAUUUUGUAUUUUCUAGAUUGCAUCUCCGUCGCAAAGUUAUCUUCAUUAACGAAC